AUGCAUGUAUAUGCAUAUAUACAAACAUAUAUAAAGGAGGGACUGGAGACUGAUAUAAAUAUAUAUAUAGCUACUGGGGACUGGGGACUGGGGACCAGAGGAGACAGAUAUAUAAAUAAGUACAUGUAUAUGCAUAAUAUACAUACAUAUAUAAAGGAGGGACUGGAGACCGAUAUAAAUAUAUAUAUAGCUACUGGGGACUGGGGACUGGGGACCAGAGUCCGUAUUAACGAGAAAAAACAGAUUGCUGGAAACAUGAAUGAAUCUGAGUUGGAUGGCAUAACACAAAAUACAACAAACGUUACCCAAGAUGCAGUAUGUUACCUUGGUAACUGGGACGGAGCCAAUCAUGUUGUGUUCCAAGUGGCCCAUGGUGCCAUGUUGGUGGGAUACCUCUCCCCGGAUACAACAUACGGGACUCUUCUCAUGCACAUAAUGUUACUCAUCGGUUAUUUAGUUUUCUCUGCCUGGGCGUGGGUGAUACUCUGUGCUCCUGACGUUUUCUCCUGGACGUUCAGUUUUAUGGUGAUCAAUGGCAUGCAGGUCCUUCUAACGUGCUACAGAAUGAGACCUGUCAAAUUCCCAAAUGAUCUAGAUGAAGUCUACAAAAAGUUGUUCGGACCACUAAAGGUUCCAAGGCACAUCUUUAAAAAGCUGGUUAGUGCGGAGUAUGCUACAAUUAUGACGCUACACGCUGGGGAGAUCUAUGCUACACAAAAUGUCACAAAAACUGAUCGACUCUCCCUCUUGAUGUCGGGAAAAGUAAAUGUCAUGUCCCAUGGUCAAUGUCUUCACCAGGUGUUUGAGAAAGAAUUCAUGGAUUCACCAGAAUAUGAGGCCAACUGCAGCACUCAAGGGGAUGAAAAAUUCCAAGUUUCCAUAGUUGCAGCUGAGCCGUGUCGCUACAUAUUUUGGCAAAGGUCAAGCCUGGCAUAUUUCUGUGUCAAGGAACCCUAUGUUGCCAACAUUCUUGGUUUAAUCAUUGGCAGAGAUAUAACGAAUAAGCUAUAUGCCAUGUCUGAUAAGAUGAAAACAAAGCAAGGCGGGAGACUCGAUCUACGUCAUCCUUGUUUGACGCUAGGUACGAAAGAUGGCGCUGAAGACACUAUUAUACCUUCAAGAUUGAAGAACUCCAAUGACCAAGGUUAUGACUCUAAUGGUGAUGAAGAUACGGACGAACCUGAGUGUAACUGGAAAGGAGGGGUGAUGUUUCCAAAUGGCAAGGCUGAUCUUCCACAAAUCAAUGUCCAUAAAACGGAUGCCUCGUAUAAGAGCAGCUUAGCUUCGCUUGCAGCAACAAGUCCUGCACUAAGAAGACAUUAAAAGGAAACCAUACUAGCAUAUAGAUUCAGUUUGAAUGUACAGUUCAGUGUGUGAUCACUGAAAAUUAAAAUAAAUAAUAUUUUGAAAUAUAACGUUCUCGGGAGAAUACAAUUUAUGUUCCAUGUAAAUAUACAUGUUGCUAUUAAUGUUUAUUCAUGGACAUGGACAGAAAAUCUGAUGAUCUAAGAAAAUGAGACGCUUUUAUAAUAUUUGUCUUACCAAGUAACUGUUGCAUAUAAGCACGGACACUGCAAAUCAUUUUGACACUUAACCAACAUAUUUCUAUCUGAAUAAACAUCGUUUGUUGUUAUAAGAUAAUUUCCAUGUUGAUAGAUCUACGAGCAGGUUAAGCGGUAAGCA